GCCUGGAGGGCAAGGACACCCACUCUUUUGUGUGCCUGCAUGCUGCGAGUCUCAGGAGAGCACAGGACUCCCAGAGCCAAGCAUCACGGGACCUGGGAUAAAAUGGCAAGUUGGCAACUUUAAACUGCGUACAGGAAGAAAACCACGUGUGUGCGGUAGCCACUUGCUACAAAAAGUGCUCUACCAGAGUAGAAUGCAUCAGAGAGACGGAAGACACUUGGCUGGGGCAGUGUUAAAGUAAACCCAGCCGCAGUGCCUGAGUGGCAGCCACCCACAGGGAAACCAGCUUGAGACAUGACCAGGCAAAGAAGACUUCAUCUCUCCAGUCAGGGCAUCAGCUUGAUUUUGUUGAUGAACCUGUGGUUGCGGGUGGAGCUGGCUUUGGCGAUCCAGGACCCGGUUAAAAACUGUCUCCAGAGCAGCUCAGUGACAUGUGGCCUUUCGGAUCUAUGCCCCAACAUCCUGAAGCUGACCGGGAAUUGUAAACCUGGGGAGCUGUGUGGUAAUCUUCCGUGUACAAUCUGCACUCCACUGCCGCAGUGCAAGGCCGGGAUGGAGCUGAACAAAUCAGGCACUGAUCACUUCAAAUUCACCUGUGAACCAUGUAAAAAAGGAACUUAUUCUGACACUGUGAACAGCUGUUGCAAGCCUUGGACUAAAUGUGAGAAUUCUGGAUUACGAACAAUCAUACCAGGAAAUUUUACCCAUAAUGUAGAAUGUGGAAUUUCCAGAGAUGUGCCCCUACCUGGGGAGCAAGAUCCCAAGUACACCACCAUCCUGGCAAUACUGGCUGCACUGGGCAUAUUCAUUCUCAUCCUGAUGACCUUCUUCCUCCACCUUUGCUUAUGGACCCUGAAGAAAGAGAAACUCCUCAUAAUCGAAGAGCCUGACCAUGGCAACCUGAUGCCUGCAUGCACCCUGGUCGAAGACUCCUACAGUUGCCAGUUCCCAGAGGAAGAACAUGGAGGCAAAACCGUGGACGGAAAACCCUCCUAUUGCUCCUCUGUGGAGCCACACUGAAGCUGCAAGGUGGUGUGCGAGCUGCUACAAGCAGAGCAGAGCCGGGCUUGUCUUUUUAAACAUAGAAAUGGAAAGGGGGCAAAGGUGCAAUUUUAAACCUAGCGCUGAAAAGUGGGCUUUGGGAACCGACUUUGUGUUAGAAAUUGAGGAAGAACCAGCGCAAGGUGACAUUUCAUGCAGCCAGAGCCCCAGCGGCAUGUUCCCCCUUCUCUGAGUCAAGGGUCUUUUGGAUUCAGUCUGGGACCAGUGUAUCCAGAUCUGAUUAUUUCCCUAGGCAUCACUUGCUCAUGACCCUGAGGUUCCUCCCUUCUCAAGUUACAUUUCCAUGGAGUGUCAGGGUCCCUGUAGGAGGCCUCUGUCCUGGACAUGACAAUAUGUCCCUGGGGAACUUCAUUGUAGUUUUCAUCAUUUGCAUUGCCAGUCUGGCAGAUGUGCCUGCUGGGUUUACAUGAAGUGUGGCUGAAGGGCCAUAUAGAGUGUGCAAUACAGCGCUCGACCAUACUUUCAUUCCUCUCGUGCUGAAUUGCCUUCCAUCUGUAGGUGGAAAGGGGAGUUCCAUCUGACUGUGUGAAGUGCUUUGCUCUCUGUGGUGGAAACAGGAUUUCCUGGAUGCUUGUGUGGAAGGUGCGAAUUUCUUCACAAACCUCCUGUCCCUGUAUCGUUUCCAGUCGGAGACUGGUGCUGCGCGUCAGUGUCUCUGAGCCCCGCUGUGGGGACAAUCAAAGAAAGGCCCUUGCAGAGAGUUGUUCAGCAGAGCAAGAGCUGUGGGUUAGCUAGGGGAAAACACGGGGGCAUCUCACCUCAGAGAAUAUUUGUUUCCAUGGAGGAUUUUCUCCCGUGAAGCCAUUUUUAUUUGAGGGAUAGUCAAUUAAAAACAGAAACUCCCACCUGAGGUCUGGGCAAUCCCAACUGUGAAGCUAUUGCUUUGUAAAUUAUCCUCCCCAGCUUCUGCAGCAACCAGAAGAAGAAUAGGGAAAACCCAACAAAGCCAGGACUUGUAUUCUGGGGCAAAGCCAAGAGAAAAUUGUGCCUCCAAGUUUACCUCUUCAUCUAGUAUAAGUUGGCAAAGUGCAAUGGAUGUGACCAGUGAUUUCUGUGGGGCCACGCUGAUGUACCCCAGCUGAUGCUCUUGCCCCAGAAGUUUUAUGAGAAAUUAUAUUAAGCUAGAACCUCAGAUUUUCACAGGGAACCAACACUGGUAGCAUGAGUGCCCCUCCCCCCCCAUCAUUUAAUUCAAUUUAAAAGGCCAACUCCUAAUCUUUGGGAGUCUCCUCCUCUUUCUACGGAGCUACCUUGAUUUGUGUCAGCUGAAGAUGUGGGUCUCUGGCUAAGACUCGGUGUCAACCAUCAGAUGGCUAUGUAGUUUCCCACUCUGCCUCCACCUCCCCCGUCUGCUUCCAGGAAAGAACAAUAACCUUGGAGCGAAAUCUCUUGAUGACUAAAAGCUCCCUGAACCUGAGCUUCUGAGUCAGACUUCAUAUAAAGAAAAUGCAAAUACCACCUACCUCAAACCAGGAUGUCAGUUUCCUCCUCUGAUGUCUGGGGAGAUAAGGAAGUGACGCUGAUAAGACAAGCACUGGAAAUUUGAAUGCGUGGUAAAGAGAAAUUUCAUUUUUCUUAUUAAAUGAUAAUAACAUUUGUUAUAUUUAGCUGUCCAGACAAGUAAAAAUAAAUGAAUGAAGUCCCAGUGAUGAGGCUUGCUCAACAGAGGACUCUCCUCAGCUGGGAAGUAUUUUCAAAGCAGUUCUAUUUGUCUCUACAGGUUGAACCUCUUUAGGCUGAACCAGAGAAUGUGCUGGACCGUAGGAGGUCAAUAUUGUCUAGCAGC